ACUGACGGGUGAUCUUCCCGUCACAACCAGGAAGUGGGGACCACUUGAGGAAAUUACAGACACACUCAGCAAACACAGGAGAAAAACGGUGACGCUGAUGUCCUUUCCCAUAUGAAUAUCGCGAAGACAAGUGGAACAGACGCGUACGAUUGAGGAACUGAUCUUUGUUUAAAGCGAGAAACAUCGAGAAAGAUGCAGCUUCCGGUGGGUUUGCUUUCCAUGGUGAUACUUCGGUUUGUUGCCUCGGCGGUUACUGGAGACCAGAACCCCGAAAAUGCCAGUCUUGACUCUCCGGCCAACAAAACCCUGAAUCCCACAGUUUCAACCACACGUAACGGCCACGUCAACGGGACUGAAAACGGGAGCAAAGGAUACAAUGAUUUCAGUGUGAACAGAUCGAUGAUCCAGAGAGCACUGUACGUGUUGAUGGGCAUCACGGUCAUCGGAGUCGUGUAUUUCAUUGUCAGAGCUGUCAGGUUGCGGAAGACAACAACGCAGAGAAAGAAGUAUGGGCUGCUGUCCAACCACGACGAUACCAUGGAGAUGGCGCCACUGGAGAGCGACGACGACGACACCACUGUGUACGAGGCCAGGUCCUUGAGGAGAUGAACCUUGCGUCUCUGAUCUGUGGAGCACAGAAGACUGGAAGGAUCAAAGGUUCCACAACAUACAUUCUUCUACUGCUCAACUCAUUUUUUUCCUCCAAAACUGCAAACAAACUGGAAAUGUAGGUGUUUUUUUUAACGUGACGUUAAUACAUCUAUUUAAAAACAAAAAGACUAAAAACGUGACGUUUUGGUGGGAAGAAUGGACAGAAGCCACCAUCCUCUCUUUGGCUUUAAUUGAAAGGAUCUGAAGUAAGAGGAGCUGGUUCUUGGUAGGUAUCAUGCACUCUAAGAUGAAAGAAACAAGGACUAUUCGAUUGUUCGUCCUUGGAAAUUACUGACUGAUACUUGCUCCUUUCAUACGGCUAUCUCAUGACCCUUCCUGAAAUGAUUGUUGUAUAACUUGCCUAACUUGGGACUUAAAUUGUUGGUUGAAUGAAAACAUUCACUGGCUGUUUGUGAAGGCGUUGGUUGGUACAUUACUGAAAUAUUGUAUGUUUAAUUUUAUAAAAAGCAGACAGUUUAACUAUGAAAACCUUUAAGUCAUUUGUUGUUCCAGCAGGGAACAUUACCCACGCUCCAUACCGCCGUUGUUUUCCAACCUUCCUCCUGUUUACAAAACGAGACUCUUGCUUGGCACUCUAUAAACAUGUUCUGGAGAGCAGAUCACGUGGCAGACCACAGUGAUCAAUCAGAAAAGUCUCACUGCAGUCUUCUUAAGAGCCUGAAUGCGCCCGACUAACUUUCAGCGCCUGUAAAGGAAGCUGAUAAGCCUGUCUUCACCUAUUUAAACAACUUAAAGCUUAUCUGUUUAUUCAUAAAAGGAACUUUGCCUCAAGGGCCUUAAUUCAAAAAUCUAUACACAAUUUCAGAGGUGGAAGACUGUCGGUUUCUUCACGCUCCUUAUUGAUCUUUAUCUCCAGAUAAAGAUCCUUCAAGAUGGAGCUGCUAAAAAUAAUCCCGCAGAUAAGAAAAGCAAAAACAAAGCAAAAGGAGUGAUCUUGGCUCAGCUACAGAUUUGCAUUGAAAAUGUUAUUGCAUCCGAAGGUAACUAACAACAGUAGCCAGUUUCAUUGUGCAUGUCAAGGUUUAUUAGUGGUAACCUUUAGAUUUGACUGGAGGUGGGUGAUGUCUUGGGUUUGUUAGUUCCAUCUUCUGUUCUCUUCUGUGAUUGCAUUUUCUCAGUGCUCGUUCUUACCUGUGAUAAAGCAGUGGCAGCUUUUAUCAAAGCCUUUCUUUAAAAUGCACAGGGUUCUGAGAUCCAAGGGGGGUGGCAGGGCUGGAGCCUUACAGAUCCUUCUGUUUGAACUGUGCUUCUCAAUUCCUAUUCCUGCUACACAUGCUACCUGCACCAGAGCAGAAUGGAUUAAGAUGGCAAGACAGCCUUUGGUGGCAAAAUACAGAGGGGACUAAAAACUAACUCUUUCGCCUGUUUUUUUACACAUGGUGCUUUGAUUCACACUGUUAAUGAUAAAACAAGAUAUUGCUCUAUUCGAAAAAUGUUCUAAACCACUUAAAUUUACAAUUGUGCUAAAAUAUCUGAAUUGUAUUCAUUCUAGUCUAUGCAACAAGUGAGAAAAAUAUUAGGAAAACUAUUUGUAUGGAACCUCUCAGUGUGAGAAGGAGCCAUGUGUUUCUGUGAGCUGAAUUUAGAACAUACAUGUUAGAUAGGGCUGUGAAGUAGUACAUGUCCUUGAUUUAUCAAGAACUGUACACCCAAGUAUUUGUUUUUUACCACCUCUGGAAGGAAAAUAAUAUUUUUUCCUGUAAUGUGCCAGUCAAAGUGUGCCUUAAAAUUUUAAAACUGGCAGUGUCACGUUCAGUAGUAACCUUUUACAAGUUUUAUCCAUUUUUGUAUCCACAGUGUACUAAGCAUUUUUUUAUUUUGGAAAUAGCAGUGUUUUUGCUUAAAUAUCCGAGAAGAGACUAGUUACUGUGUUGAUGCAACAGGAAUGUUACUGAUCAUCUUCCUGGUUGCUGUUUUUCAGUUGUUUUUUGUACAGGCAAUUUCUCUCAUUUUAGUUGACUAGGAUGGAGUGCCCAUCUUCGGCAGAGGUAAGGAGUUGAAAAAUGUGCAGCACGUUAAUGAAAAUCAUUCUAAUCUUACCAUUCCUAACAGCCUUCAAAGACACCUCUGAAUUUACAAGACCAGUGUAGAGAUUUCUCCUAGAACCAUUAAAAUGGCUCGUCAUUACAGCAGAUAGGAGGAGGAAAUUCAUCCGCUGCACGCUGUUCAUGUGUUCCAAAACAGAUCUUUGUUUUUAAGGAACACAUGAGCACAGCUCCGGAAAUGUACUGUAAGAAAGGCAGCGAACUUAAGGAGGUCAGGGAGAUCCUUUGCCUUUUUGUUGCUAGUAGGGAAUUGGACUCUACUAGUUUGAAUCAGUUUGUUGUAUAUGCCCACAAUUUCUUAAUGAAAGCCUGUCAUUUCUCAGAAUGGAUUAUAUUUGCAUUUCGUUUCCGGCUGGUUUCUCUGGUCCACCUACUGUAGAGAAGGCAUGUGAUGCUAAAGAUCAGUUUAGUUGCACAUCAACUUAAUGACUUGCUCGGCCAAAUAUUUAAAUUCAAAAGGGGGAAAAGUUUGUACGGUGCUGCACUGUAACCGUGUCUUGUUCUGGGGUCCCAAUUGCACUUGUAUAGGCAAGUUCAACUGCACUUUAUUUGUUACUGAGAGUGACAUACACUGGUUACUGUCAGGGCUCAUAUUUUUAUGCAGAAAAGCAGAUAACAUUAAAAACUCUCAAAUUAAUAAAGGCUCGUAAUUGUAAUUAAUUGCUUGUCAUUCUGGGUAACUGUAAUUGAGCCUGACCCUGAUUUUUACCAAAGCAGCGUUAAUUAUUUCUGAAACCCUCUGGGCUUGGAAUCGUCUCACUUCAGUGAUGCUGUGGCAGUUACUGACAGCCUUUUGAGCGUUAAACUGAAUUUACUGGCUCCCUGUUGGAGGAAAGUAAUUUAUUGAACUGCGUCCAGUAUUUGGGAUUGAGGUCUCUGUGCUCAGAUUUGGCUUUGCCACAUCAUUAGGGUCUUAUUUGCAAUGGAGGGGAAGUCCUGGAAAACUGAGAAUUGGGUAGGGAACAUUGGGGUAGCUUUUUUCCCCAUCAUCAUGUAUCAUGUAUAUAUUUUUUAUUCUAACAAACGGUUUAAAGGGGAUAGAAAGGUCUAAACACGCUGGCAAUUUUCCCCAGAGUACUAGAGGAUGACAACUAGAGAACUAGAGAAUACUAGAAUGGCAGUUCUGUGGCUUAUUUAACCUCUGCAAGGUGAUGCACAGUUCAUUCUGUGGUGGGAGUGAACUAUGUCAGGAUGUUUAAGAAGAGACAGCCCCAGUCCUUAGGAACAGAUAAUACAUUCCAAGACAUGUUAACUGCUCGUACUGUUUGGCAAAAAAAUAAAAAUAAAGUUUCUCUGAUGGUUAAUCCAUCAAAGGGAUAGUUGAGUUGUAGACAUUUUUUGAAUUGUCUGGACCAAACUUUUUUAGAUGGAUUAAUAGAUUUUGUAUUCCAUUUGUAAGAGGUAGUAGCUUUGUGUGAUUUUAGUCCACACCAGCUUUUUGUAUAAGAGUGUUAUAACUUACUAAGGUGACAGGGAGUCUGAGUGCUAACCUUUACCUGUGUAUAGUAUUAGACAUGGAUUUCAGGGUGAUUUGACUCCUGUGACAUACUUUCUCAGUGCCUUUAACCAACCAUUGUAAAUACAUUUGAAAUUCCAUGUAAGUAAAAACAAAGCUUUUAUUUUUAAAGUGAUGCAAUGGCUUACAUGACCUUUGUCAAUGUUAUUUAUCCUUCCUGAAGAAUUUAAUUCUGGAACUGGCUCGUGUAGCCAUGUGCUUUACAUGGGGCCAUCUGAAGAAGCACGCCUUUUAUUAUGUGCUGAUGCAAAACGAAGACAGCCACUCACACAAAUUCAUGCCUACUGCACGCUACACAGUGACAUAACCUGUUUUGUGAUAUUCUACUAACUAGGGCCAUCUUAGCUUCAUCAAGGCAUUAACCCCUUGAUCUCUGCUGCUUGAUGCUUUCAAGACAGAUGUAACUCUGCAGAGCCUCUAAGAUGAACAUUGUAAGUUGUCAGACUUAAAUUUGUUUCCUCUGGCACAUUGCUGGCCUAAAUGCCAAAUGAUCACAAUUGGUAUAUUGUAGUUUUGUCUCUUUUAAAAUUCAUUUUGAAAUUGACAGGUUUUCCUAUAGUGUUGUUGACCUAGAAGAGCUGUGAAGACCCACAUACAGUACCACAAUUUGUAGAGUUAUCCUUUAACUUGGAUUUUAUGCUAUUUCAUUUCUACUAUUUCUUUCUUGUGUGUUCUCAAGUUCAGUGUAAAUGCUACUGUCUCUGAUGUACAGUAUGUUAACACAGGAGGAAAUAAAAAUGGGCAAAUAGAUUACUUGAUAUUAAAAGUGCAUACACUAUAAAACGGGGACCAAGGGGGAUUAAUUUGCGUUUUGUUUUAACGAAUGCAGUCCUGGCCCUCAAGGGGCACUUUCAAUGUGGUGGCAGGAUGUGCUCUCUUGUUUUGCUGAUGAUCAGCAACUUGUUUCACACACAACAAUAUGUGCUCUUUCUCAUUAAAAUGACUUUGACUGAAA